GCCGCUGGGCGUCGCGCGGGGUUUUCGAACGCGGCGGUUGCCGCGGAGACGGCGGCCUGUACUUCCGGCGAGGGAGGCGCUCGAGUUUCCCUGUCAGGGCCGCCCUUGGCGAAGCUCGGCGAGGCGGAGGGGAGGAUGGACGGCGGCGGCGGCGGUAUCUUUUCCCACCUGGAAACGCUGGAAGCUUCUUCCCGCAAGAAACAAAGGGAAAAGAGAGAACAUGAGGAGAAUGUGGACAGAAUGAAAGCAAGGAUCAAGGAACUGAGGCGUCAAAGAGAUUUGCUGAGGGCCAAAUUGGAAGUGUGUCGUUCUCAAAUUGAUGGGGUCAAAGACAAAACCAAAAGUGGUACUCUGACUUCUAAGGCUACAGAGAUUCAACAAGUCCUUCUGGAGUGGAAGACUGAGAGCGCCAAGGAGUUACUACACGUCUUUCGUCUGACAGGCCUCAGUGGGAAGCUGACCAAGCAAGGAGUCUGUCUGUGCAUCAGCACUGCCUUUGAAGGCACCUACCUGGACUCUUAUUACCUGGACCUCCACAUACGCCAGCCAGUCCGGAUCCUGCGCCACUCGGUGCCGCCCUUCAUCCCCUUGGAGCACAUCGCUCGCAAGCAUCUGCAGACUGACAUCAAGCGCUUCUUGUCUGUGCUCUCAAACCACCUGAACGCUUACGCUGGGAGAAAAUUCCAGGCAGAUCAGUUACAGGAGCGUUUUGCUGCUUUCCUUGAAGGACAUUUGCAGGGGAAUUCCUUAUACAACCUACUUAAAUUUAACUACGGCGUGGCAGGAGAAGAUCAGACUUUCCCAUUCACAGCAAAACUAACUUACGGAGAUCCUGUGAGUGCCUUCCCAACCGAGGUCACUGUUGCAUGUAAAGAAAAUUCUCCAGCCUCUAUGCUAGACAUGGCGGCAGUUCAUUUGCCCCUCUUCCAAGAGAAAUCGCUUCAUGAAGCUUUUCAUUGCAUCACAACCUCAGAAGAAAAUCAGAGUCCAUCUUCUUUAUCGGGUUUGCCUGCCUCUUCCACGGGCGUGACUUCCGAUGACAACACAGCUCUCUGAGAUUGCUGCAGUGUGAAUUACCUAUCAACAGUGGCACUUCUGCAGAUCGGCCCUCACAGAAAACCUCUGUUCCCUGUGUUGCUGAAAAGAUGCCUUCUAAGAAGCUGGCUGUUUGGAGUUCUCUGCCAUCCCAGUGGGCAAAGUGUGCACCUCUAAAGUGGUGUGCGUUAUCGAAGCGUGAUGGAAGCAGCUACCGGCGAAAGAUUCUGCUAGAUGCUGCUAAUCCAGUUAUGGGUGCGGCAGUUUUUUCCACUUUUCAACCUUUGUGCUUUCUGUGACAUUGUGGGCGUCAUUUCCAUCCCAUAUUCUUACCAUGAAAAGGGCCAAAGCGGGUUCACGUGGCAGGAUUCACACAGGAAACAGCUCUUUUCUUGUAUUUCCUUUUGAGGCUGGCUAGAGUGUUUCGAUGCUGCAAUUUUUAAUGCAAGGUGCGAGGAAGCUUCUUGGCCACUGACCAUCUCCAAAACAGCUGCCAACCAUGCAAAAGCAGCUGGAACUACAUGGAGAACCUUAAAAUGCAAUACUGAGUUUCUUUUUUUAAAAAAAUUAAUGUUUCUACUUUUAUAAUACGUUCAAAAGCAAAUUAAUUGCUCACAUGGACAGUAAUAUGUACUUCACUGGUGAGGAUAUACAAGAAUCUGUAGCAUAUGUGCUUAUUGAUAUCAGUCUUAUAUUGCUCUUUAUAAAAGGCCAAAAGGCUCUAAUAUUUUGCUGCUGCGGCGCCCCCCCCCCCCCCCCCCCCCCGUUAAGCAUGCGGUCUCCAUUAGUUUUGCCAUCAGGGAAACCAAGGCUGUUUCGGGCCUGUAACCAGGCCCGAACUCAAAUAAACAAUUUCAUGCGAUCUCAUCUCGAAGCUGGACAAACAUCACUCACUUGAGCAGCUUCCCUAAGACUAUGUCUCAGCCUUCCCAUUUCUGCAUGCUAGUUGGCCUUUUCUUAUUAUUCUUCUCUUAAAGUUGUGUCACAUCCCAGAGUUAACUAGCUUGGUAUUCUGUUUCAUAUACCGGCACUAAUAUAUUUGCUAGAAAUAAGUUGGUUACAUAAAAUUAACUUGUCAGUGCUA